AUGGAAACCAUUGGAGAUGAGGGUGAGACUGUGAUGAUGGUGAAGAGUGGCAUCCCGCCUCAGAAGUGGACAAGGAAGGAGCUUGACGAGCUUCGCGCAGAGGAUGCCGAUGCCGAACUGCCUCAGGUGCAACGCCUCGCGUUGAUGGUGCUCACCUACCCGAAGGGGUGGCCCCACACGUGGUCUGCGGAGGGAGCUGAGCACGAUUGCUGCAUUGGCACAGGUGUAGAGAAGGCAUGGCGGAGUACCCUGGGCUGCGUGGACAGGUGGCUGAGUGGUUUUGAGAGUCCAAUAAAGGAUCCGACACUACGAAUAUUAAUUGAAACUGUAGCGAUUGACAAAGGUCUAUCCGUCGCUCUCUAUAUCCUCCAUGGUCUGCUGCGCCACACGACACAAAAAAUCGGGGUGAUUAUUUUCUUCGUUUGGGGAAAGGUAUAUGCGUUUGAUAAGCAAAGGAGGACUGUGGCACACUAUCAAGGAGAGGAGGAGGCGGUACUGGCCAUUCAAGAUUUUUCAAGGAGCGUGAGGGGGUGCGUUAUUGAUGUCUCUCCCAAGAGCAGGAGUGAGUUACUAUACCACGUGCCUGAGUGUUGGGGUAUUGUUGCGGUGCGACCUCCCGGGUUCGUCUUGGAAGUGAAUAAACAAUAUGCAGAAACACGCAUCAAAGUUGGCAAAUUCACCAAACGCGAGUGGAGGGCUGCGAGCAGCUGGGUUUUACACCAUGGUUUGCCAGAGAAAGAGCUACAUCACCGGUCGAAAAUUGAGCAGCAUCUCAAGGAGAGGGGAUUGCUUCCCCGCAUUUCGCUCGAAGAGGCCAGGCGCCCUGAGAGCUGCACUGAACUACUGCCUGAGGUUUUAAGUGGCGGUGCUCAGGUGCUCGUGCCUGCCGGAAGAGCUGCCGGAGGGAAGCAGGUUGGCGAUGCUUCCAAGAAGUCCGUGAAGGAUUCCUGGAUGCGGGGGGGCCAUUCGGAUGGCUGCCGGCAAGAAAUACUUUCAUCUACACGCAUGAAUAAAGUUUCUGCUCAAGCGGUGCCGCAGUUAUUGCCACGCUUAGCUUCAGCCCCGAAGCCGAUACCUGGGGAAUUUCCAGAUUCGAAGACUCUGGAAAAAAAACUUUACCUCGCAUUCAUGAAUUACGAUUUCAUGAGGCGGGCAGUUGCUAUGCUGAAGCCCAUUAAACCGCAUGGAAAUCGGACUGAGAGGCAAAGUGUACUCCAAGCGGAAAAUUUUUCCUACCCCAGUGAUGGGCGAGAAGAACUCCCAAAUACCGCGCCAACAAGCCAACGCUCGGUCCGGUACAGGUGCUUAUACUACCCGUUGUCCCCGAAUUUCCCGUUGGUCGAUGCAUUUUUUUUUGCCAGGGUCGGAAGUAAAAGGACCAUCGUUUGCCUGCAGGUGACAUCAGCCAAAGCACAUCACACGAAGCCCAGUACAGUUGCGCAGUUCACUGAAUACAUGAAGUCGUACUUCAACGGUUGGAAGCUGUAUUCUAGUGCAUUAUCGUGGGAAAUCAUUUACGUGCAAUACGGUUGUGCUAAAGUAAUAACUACAUGGCAGAAAUGCAUUACCGGUGGUGAAAAUUCCCCAAAGAAACACCAAAAAGUUAUUGGUUUUUGGAAUAACAAUAUUUACCAGUACCAACUGAGCGUAUCACCAGAUAUGCUCUCUACGGUGCUUCAUGCCCCGGAGAUGAGAGAUACGGCGGGACGGUGCAAGAAGAAGGCGCAGUAA